AAUGAUGCCAGCUGGAUUUAGCUUCCUCGGCAGCUGGUUUCUGCACCUUUUCAUCAGCGUCAUUCACCCAGCGUCAGGUAAGCCUCUACAGACCGGCUCAUAUUGGCGAAUAUCUGCAGUUCUCGGCAAAGAUGUCAUUCUCCCGUGUCACCUCACCACGUCUGUCGACCCCUCUCCUUUCCUGGCGGUGGAGUGGUCCCGGGUAGAUGGUGUGUCCCCACUUACGGUUCAUGUUCUCCGCAACGGCAAAGAGCUUGUGAAGGAGAAGGCGCCAGAGUACCUCGGGAGAACGGACAUAAUGGAGGACGGUUCCCUGAAGUUGCUCGGUGUCAAACGGUGGGACAACGGCACCUACAGGUGUGUCCUUCUGCGAGGAUCGUCUGUGGAGGACAUAUUUGUCUCGCUCACCGUUGCUGAGGUGGCCGAGGUGAAAAUAUCUGUCCGUCGCACUUCAGCCAACGAGCUGUUUGUCGUCUGUGAGUCCAGCGGCUGGAGCCCCGAGCCGGUGGUUUCUCUGCUGGACGCCGACGGAAGCGUCCUGGCUGCUCAGACGGAGUCAUCAGUCCGACCAGAUGACCUCCACUCCGUCAGGGCGCUCGUUAAUGUGGCAGCAGCUAAAGCACUAACAGGAAAUGGUACCGUGAUCUGUAGAGUGGAACUACCUGAAAUGAGCCUGGCAAACGAGAACAAGAUUUAUAUCACAGAUGAGUUCGAUCCCUUCGACCCAGGACUUGGUUGUAAUUUCGUGAUGGUCUUCGCCAUCGUGCUGGUUGCCGUAAAUACAGCUGUCAUGCUCUUUGCGUUUCCUGUAUGGAUGAUCGAGAAGCUGCGAUCUUCACUGCGUUCUUCGCUGCGGCGUCUGACAGAGUUCAGCUUCGAUCUGGUCACUCAGCAGAGAGACGGAGAACAAGAGACAUACACAGAGUACGGCGACGUCACCGAGGUGGAAACAACGGAAGCUUCUGAAGAGACGGCGAGCGCAAACCAGCUGCUCAGCAGAGAUGAACGGCUUCUUGGAGAGACAUACACAGAGUACGACGACCUCACCGAGGUGGAAACAACGGGAGCUUCUGAAGAGACGGCGAGCGCAAACCAGCUGCUCAGCAGAGGUAUUGAAGCCUCCCACCAGCUGGCAGAGAGUGACCUGAAUGAGAUGAAGAGGUACAAAGAGGACAUCAGCAGCGUGGGAAAAAUGCUUAGCGUCCACCCGGCCCUGAUCGCCGGCAUAAUCUCCAGACAGUCUCGGGCUGGAACCAAACUGGGCGCCAACGGCUAUGGAAAGUUCGACAAAAACUGCUUCGGCCUCAUGCAGAUCAAUAAGCAUUACCACGCGGUGAAAGGAAACCCGUUCAGCAGAGAGCACCUGGACCAGGGAGUCACCUUCUUCAUCCAGCUCAUCAAGACCAUGAAGAGGACGAAGCAGGACUGGAGCAAAGAGCAGCAGCUGAAAGGUGCGUUGGCGUGCUACAUCGCAGGUGAGGAGAGGGUCAUCCCUUUGACGUACGAGGAGGUGGACAGAGUGACACCUCAAGGGGACUUCGCCAAUGACGUGGUCGCCAGAGCGCAGUGGUUCGCCAAGAACGGCUUCUAGAUGUUUCUAAAUAAUUUUCCCUUUCCUCCUGUUCUUGUAUGUAAGGACAGUUUCGGUUAUCAGCUCGUCUUCCUUACGUUCAUGAACCUCCAACACAUUCUCACUUCCAACUUUUCACAUACUUGUUGAAGACCCCUUGGCGUCGUUUUUGAAUAUGUAGGACUCCGGUUCAAGUGGACAAUAAUAAAUGUCCAAUGUUCGGUUA